GGGCGGGGCUAUGCAGAUGAGGCGCGGAGCACGCGCACCGGGCGCCCGCAGCGGCAUGGCGGCGGCGGCGGAGGAGGAGGAGCCCCCCGCGGGCCCGCGGCUCCGCGACACGCCCGAGGACAUCUGCCUGGAGGCGGCGGCCAACGCCAUCGCCCUGCACCCGGCGCGGGCCCUGCUGGCGGCGGGGGACGUGGACGGCGACGUGUACCUGUACUGCUACUCCUGCGUGCCGGGGGACACCCGCCAGCUCUGGUCCUCGGGACACCACCUCAAGUCGUGCCGGGACGUCGCCUUCUCCCCCGACGGGCAGAGGCUCCUCACGGUGUCCAAGGACAAGGCCAUCCACAUCCUGACGGUGGAGGACGGGCGGCUGGAGACGCGCAUCGCCAAGGCCCACAGCGCGGCCCUCAACUGCGUGCUGCCCAUCGAUCACCACCUCCUCGCCACGGGUGACGACGGCGGAGAGCUCAAGGUGUGGGACCUGCGCAAGGGGGAGGCCAUCCUGGAGGCCCGGCAGCAUGAGGAGUAUAUCAGCGCCAUGGCCGUGGAUGGGAACGGGAAGAUCCUGCUCACCGCCAGUGGUGACGGCACCAUGGGAGUCUUCAACGUUAAGAGGCGUCGCUUUGAGCUGCUCUCUGAGCCACAGAAUGGGGACCUGACAUCUGUCGUGCUGCUGAAGAGAGGAAAGAAAGUGGCUUGUGGCUCUAGCGAAGGAACCAUCUACCUCUUCAACUGGGAUGGCUUUGGGGCCACCAGCGACCGCUUUGCUCUGAGGGCCGAGUCAGUUGACUGCAUGGUCCCCAUCACGGAGAGCAUUGUGUGCACAGGGUCCCUUGACGGAGUCAUCAGGGCGGUGAACAUCUUGCCCAACCGGGUCCUGGGGUGCGUUGGGCAGCACACGGGGGAGCCCAUUGAGCAGUUGGCUGUGGCCCCAGACGGGCAGCUCCUGGCCAGCUGUGCCCAUGACCAGAAGGUGAAGUUCUGGGACAUCUCCUCCCUGGGCUCCAUGGUGGUGGACGAAUACCGGAAGAAGAAGAAGCGGGGUGGCCCGCUGAAGGCCCUGAGCAGUAAAGCCACAGGCAGCGGAGAGGACUUCUUUGCAGACCUACGAGAGGAGCAGGAGGCCCCAGCAGAAACAGCGACGGGAAGCGACAGCGAUGAUAGUGACUGAGGGGCCAAGAGGACUGUGGUUUGGAGGUGGACAAGGCCAAGGUUUGCUGGUGGACAUGGAGGUCCUGGGGUGGGGGAACAAGGCAGGAUACUGCCCAAAAGGGUGGGGGCCCAUGGUGCUGGGGGCAGUGCGAGUAAGAGGUGGGCAGCACCUGUGGCUGUGAGUUGUCCUGCAGGGGUCCUGGGAUCCAUGGGCAAACAGAUCCUUCCUGGUCUUGCUUGUCCUCUCAGCCACGGUGUGGUGCCAUGCCUCCUCAAGGCUGUGGCAGAGCUGCCCGCGCCACUAUCCCGAGCAAACGUGUUGAGCAUUUUUUAUUAACUAACUUGAACAUGAGAUGUAUUAAAAAAUGCAGUGCCUUUUUGUUUCCUA